GUCGACCCCGCAUUGGCUGUUCCUUCCUCUAAUAACUUUAAAUCCAUCUUUUUAUGCACGUCGUGGAUUCUUUCCUUCUUGACGUUCGUGUUCUGGGGAUCCUUUCCACAUCCAACCAGUGACGGUCUGGUUUGCGUACCAGUGCCAUGGUAUCGCUGCUCACGCCACCAUGGCAAUUGUCGUCCUGAUAAGGUCCAGCAGUGGGGUUGGGGUUAAUGUGGCUGGUCUGGAUGAAGGUCUGGUGUCGAUUCCCCCCACUUCUGCGCGAACAGUUUCUGAUAUCAUUCUACACCUUCUGAGCCUUAUCUCCUGUAGGCACCAGGCAGAGAUAACCAUAUGCACGUCGAAACGAAGAACUUAUAUACUCUCGAGAGCUGUGUUCUUUUUCUCUCUUCAUUCAGUUCAACAUCUCGACUCUGUGAAGCAAAAUGGAGAACAAAUACAAUGAGAAGCUUGACAUCAUUGACGGGAGCGUCGCUGGCGUGCCUACAGUCGAAUAUGGACAAGUCCUCGAAUAUCCAAACGAGGAUGUGAAAGAGCAUCGUGGCGAUUUGCAUCGUACCUUCAAAGCCAGACAUAUCCAGAUGAUCUGUUUGGGAGGUUGCAUUGGAUCUGGUAUUUUCAUUAGUACCGGAAAGGCAUUGAGAUAUGGAAAUUAUACUGGAAUGUUCAUCGGCUGGACCCUCAUUUGUACAAUGAGUUGGACGGUCAUGCAAGUCAUGAGCGAAGCUUGCUGCAUCUUCCCAACAUCUGGAGCAUUUGUCGAUCAUGCAGCUCGAUUCGUCGAUCCAGCUUUGGGAUUUGCUAUUGGCUUUUGUGAAUGGUUCGGAUGGAUCACCGUCGUGGCAGCAGAAGGGGCAGUUUUCCGAGUCAUCAUAUCAUACUGGACCGAGUUAAUCCCGACAGCAGCAUGCAUGACCAUCUAUCUCGUUGUCGUCUUCGCUAUUCACAUCUUCCCUAAUAAGAUGUUCGCCGAAUUUGAGUUCGGAACCGCGGCUAUCAAAGUGGUCGCAAUGAUUGUGAUACUCCUCACCUGCAUUGCGAUCGUUGCUGGAGCUGGAUCAACUGGAAGCACACAUCAUGCUGAGAACUAUACCAGCCUACCCGCAUUCCCGCAUGGCUUCAAGGGCGUCGCACAGUCCUUCCUUCUCGCCGCAUGGUCAACUGGUGGCCAAGAAAUCAUGGGCAUCACGAAUGGUGAGGCCGACAUGCCUCGAUGGAAUCUGCCACGUGCUUGCAAGAACCUUCUGAUCAGAAUCUUCGUCUUCUACCUGGGCUCAGUGACACUUAUCACAGUUCUGGUCCCAUAUACGGACCCCCGCCUUCUCGGCACCUCAAGUAUCGCGGCUUCGCCAUUCGUGAUCGCUAUGAAUGACGCAGGUAUCAAAGUCCUUCCCGACAUCCUCAACGUAGUCGUCCUCGUCGGUCUCUGCGCCAUUGGUGCUGAAUCCCUGUACAUCUCAUCCAGGAUCUCAACAGCCAUGGCAAGGAUGCACAUGUUCCCCAAGAUCUUUGGACGCAUCGACACUCAAGGCCGUCCUUACAUGUCUCUCCUCAUCGCUAUGGCAUUAUCCACUAUCAUGACGUACAUCAACUGCUCGAACACCGGCGCCGUGAUUUUCACCUGGUUCAGUUCCAUCACCGCAACAGUGUACUUUCUCGCUUAUAUGACGAUCUGCAUCUCGAACUGGCGAAUGCGCGCUGCGUUCAAAGCCCAGAACGACAACCCACUCACCUUACAAUACGCAUACAAGAACAAAUUCUUCCCGCUCGGCAGCGUAUUCUUAUUCAUCAGCAGUAUCUUCGUCCUUGCCUCAACGUUCUACGUCAGUCUAUUCCCAAUCGGUGCUCCGACCACCGCAGAGAAUUUCUUCGAGACAUUCUUGUGCGUGCCGUUGUUCUUAGUGCUGUAUCUAGGAUACAAGAUUGUGUAUAAAACCAAGUUUGUGGAUCCGAAGGAAGCCGAUUUGCAGACAGGGCGGAGACCGUUGACGGAGAGUGAUAUCGCGUUUUUAGAGGCGUACUACAGCCAGCCUUGGCACAAGCGAGCGUUGACUUAUUUGACGUUCUGA